CUCAGUCCAGUAGAAGCAACCACGUGACAAUAGUCUACAGUCUCCAAUACUCACUCACAGAACAAAUUCCAUUGAAAAUCAUAUUCCAAUGUGCUUAUAAAGAAAGGAUUUUUUGAAAUAAGAGAUGGAGGAAUCAUUGGACGGUCGCGAGGGAGGCGCAGGCGCAAGUGGUUUCGACUCGGCGGCCAUCUUGAAUGAUGACGUAUCACCAACUACCAGCUUCUGUUAUAACAUCCCUAAUCUUUUUAAUAGUCUGGGUCCUGGAUCCGUCCUAUGUGAGCGUUCAGACAAUGAACCCAGUGAGACGUACACACCGAAUGUAGAACCCACUGAUGAAACUACUGAGCACCAGCAGUUUGAAGAUGAUGAGGAGUAUUCUCCGAAAUCAAAUGCCAAAGGAGAUAUUCCCAAACGAAAACAAAGACGAUACAGAACCACGUUUUCGAACGUGCAGCUGGAGCAGCUUGAGGCAGCUUUCCAUAAGACACACUACCCUGACGUCUUCUUCAGAGAGGAACUGGCUAUGAGGAUCGAUCUGACUGAAGCCAGGGUUCAGGUCUGGUUCCAAAAUCGACGAGCAAAAUGGCGAAAGCAGCAGAAGGCUGGCUGUGAAGGGUACUCCGCUGCUCCGAGAGGACCACGGUCUCCUGAUGAAAGAUCACCAUCAGCAUUAGCUUUGGAGAUGAGGGAUUUUAUCACUAUACCUGUAUCAUCAACUCAAAUGAUAAACUUGAACGACACUCAGACACAAGUAUACGCAACUAAGUCCAAGCCAUCACCACCAGCAAUCCACAUAUCAGCCCUGCCAACGAGGCAGAACCCUCAAGUCGACCUCCCAUCAUUUUCCAUACCUCUACAAUACAACCUAGGAAGCUUCAAGAAAAUCGGCGAAGACGUUCACUUAGAUCUAGAAACCACAGACCAAAAUAACUGGGACACUAGAAUGAUACCUAAUUUCAAUCUGAUGAACCUAAAACCUUUAAUAGAAACAAGAGACAAUGUGGACAUGGAAUUAAAAUAUGAAGUGAAAAAUGAAAAUAGAGUGAACUUCAAUGAAAUACAAACGGUGCAAGCUAUAGAGACUGAUGAUUUACUUGGUAAGGAGACUGUGAAUGAAGGGCAGACGAUAUCACCGGACUUUGAAAUACAAAGGUUUCAAAAUUACCAAAAUGAGAAUGAGAAACGAUUUAGAGAACAGAGUUUUGAGGAUUCCAUCAUGGAGGAUGGUAGAAAUGACUUUGUGUGCGAUGGAGAUUUUCUUUGUAAGAAUAAUUUUGAAAAAGUCGACGAGAAACGCAAUGAAUUCGAAGAGUGCCAUCUUUUAGAUAGUGAUAAUACUGUAGGUAUAAGUAAUUUUGAAAAUGCCUUGUAGGUUGUUGGAUAAGUAACUUUAUUGUGAUCUCAUUAAGGUAUUUUAUUUAUUGUAGAUAAUAACUAAUGUAAUGUAAUCCAUAAUUAAUGUUACGAUAAGG